UCCGCCCCGGGGCUCCAGCUGCACGCGGGGAGCUACGGCUGCUCUGGCAAAGGGGCCGCGGCUGCUUUAAGAGCCGCCUCCCCCUCUCCUCCUUUGACAAUGGUCUGAACCGAGCUCUGCUUCCCAAAGCAAAAUUUGUAAUAUGCCAUUUUUCCGAUGGACGCUUCUCCUUUUGGCUGCUGACGGAGCCACGGGAAGAUGCCGAGCUCCUGCCACGCCACCGGGCCGGGGCACGUUCCGGGAGGGCGCCGGGGCACGCGUGUGUCUGAGCUGCCUUUCUCCUCCCGUUGCUAGGGAAAUGGCCCAGGAGUGCUGGGUGUGAGCCUCCCUUCUCCUCAAGCCGGAGACUGCGGUUGUCAUUGAUCAAUUGAAGAAGCAAGGACCCGAAAUCACAGACUUUAGCAAUGAUGUGUGAAGUGAUGCCCACGAUUAAUGAGGACACCCCAAUGAGCCAAAGGGGGUCCCAAAGCAGUGGCUCGGACUCAGACUCCCAUUUUGAGCAGCUGAUGGUGAAUAUGCUAGAUGAAAGGGAUCGUCUUCUAGACACCCUUCGGGAGACCCAGGAAAGCCUCUCACUUGCCCAGCAAAGACUUCAGGAUGUCAUCUAUGACCGAGACUCACUCCAGAGACAGCUCAAUUCAGCCCUGCCACAGGAUAUCGAAUCCCUAACAGGAGGGCUGGCUGGUUCUAAGGGGGCUGAUCCACCGGAAUUUGCUGCACUGACAAAAGAAUUAAAUGCCUGCAGGGAACAACUUCUAGAAAAGGAAGAAGAAAUCUCUGAACUUAAAGCUGAAAGAAACAACACAAGACUAUUACUGGAGCAUUUGGAGUGCCUUGUGUCACGACAUGAAAGGUCACUAAGAAUGACGGUGGUAAAACGGCAAGCCCAGUCUCCCUCAGGAGUAUCCAGUGAAGUUGAAGUUCUCAAGGCACUGAAAUCUUUGUUUGAGCACCACAAGGCCUUGGAUGAAAAGGUAAGGGAGCGACUGAGGGUUUCUUUAGAAAGAGUCUCUGCACUGGAAGAAGAACUAGCUGCUGCUAAUCAGGAGAUCGUUGCCUUGCGUGAACAAAAUGUUCAUAUACAAAGAAAAAUGGCAUCAAGCGAGGGAUCCACAGAGUCAGAACAUCUUGAAGGGAUGGAACCUGGACAGAAAGUCCAUGAAAAGCGUUUGUCCAAUGGUUCUAUAGACUCAACCGAUGAAACUAGUCAAAUAGUUGAACUACAAGAAUUGCUUGAAAAGCAAAACUAUGAAAUGGCCCAGAUGAAAGAACGUUUAGCAGCCCUUUCUUCCCGAGUGGGAGAGGUGGAACAGGAAGCAGAGACAGCAAGAAAAGAUCUCAUUAAAACAGAAGAAAUGAACACCAAGUAUCAAAGGGACAUUAGGGAGGCCAUGGCACAAAAGGAAGAUAUGGAAGAAAGAAUUACAACCCUUGAAAAGCGUUACCUCAGUGCUCAGAGAGAAUCUACCUCCAUACAUGACAUGAAUGAUAAACUAGAAAAUGAGUUAGCAAAUAAAGAAGCUAUCCUACGACAGAUGGAAGAGAAAAACAGACAGUUACAAGAACGUCUUGAGCUAGCUGAACAAAAGUUGCAGCAGACCAUGAGAAAGGCUGAAACCUUGCCUGAAGUAGAGGCUGAACUGGCUCAGAGAAUUGCAGCCCUAACCAAGUCUGAUCCAACCUCUUCUACCUCAUCUGAUGAUUAUCAAUAUGUUAUGGAAGCUAAACUACAAGAAAUGAUCUCCAUACGUAGGAAGGCUGAAGAAAGACAUGGAAAUAUUGAAGAACGUAUGAGACAUUUAGAGGGUCAACUUGAAGAGAAAAAUCAAGAACUUCAAAGAGCUAGGCAAAGAGAGAAAAUGAAUGAGGAGCAUAACAAGAGAUUAUCGGAUACAGUUGAUAGACUUCUGACUGAAUCCAAUGAACGCCUACAACUACACUUAAAGGAAAGAAUGGCUGCUCUAGAAGAAAAGAAUGUUUUAAUUCAAGAAUCAGAAACUUUCAGAAAGAAUCUUGAAGAAUCUUUACAUGAUAAGGAAAGAUUAGCAGAAGAAAUUGAAAAGCUGAGAUCUGAACUUGACCAAUUGAAAAUGAGAACUGGCUCUUUAAUUGAACCCACAAUAUCAAGAACUCAUCUAGACACCUCAGCUGAGUUGCGAUAUUCAGUGGGAUCCCUAGUGGACAGCCAGUCUGAUUACAGAACAACUAAAGUAACAAGAAGACCAAGGAGAGGCCGCAUGGGUGUGCGAAGAGAUGAGCCAAAGGUGAAAUCUCUUGGGGAUCACGAGUGGAAUAGAACUCAACAGAUUGGAGUACUAAGCAGCCAUCCUUUUGAAAGUGACACUGAAAUGUCUGAUAUUGAUGAUGAUGACAGAGAAACAAUUUUUAGCUCAAUGGAUCUUCUCUCUCCAAGUGGUCAUUCCGACGCCCAGACUCUAGCCAUGAUGCUUCAGGAACAAUUGGAUGCCAUAAACAAAGAAAUCAGGCUAAUUCAGGAAGAAAAAGAAUCUACAGAGUUGCGUGCUGAAGAAAUUGAGAAUAGAGUGGCUAGUGUGAGCCUUGAAGGCCUGAAUUUGGCGAGGGUCCACCCAGGUACCUCCAUUACUGCCUCUGUUACAGCUUCAUCGCUGGCCAGUUCAUCUCCCCCCAGUGGACACUCAACGCCAAAGCUCACCCCUCGAAGCCCUGCCAGGGAAAUGGAUCGGAUGGGAGUCAUGACACUGCCAAGUGAUCUAAGGAAACAUCGGAGAAAGAUUGCAGUUGUGGAAGAAGAUGGUCGAGAGGACAAAGCAACAAUUAAAUGUGAAACUUCUCCUCCUCCUACCCCUAGAGCCAUCAGAAUGACUCACACUCUCCCUUCUUCCUACCACAAUGAUGCUCGAAGUAGUUUAUCUGUCUCUCUUGAGACAGAAAGCCUUGGGCUUGGUAGUACCAACAGCAGCCAAGACUCUCUUCACAAAGCCCCCAAGAAGAAAGGAAUCAAGUCUUCAAUAGGACGUUUGUUUGGUAAAAAAGAAAAAGCUCGACUUGGGCAGCUCCGAGGCUUUAUGGAGACUGAAGCUGCAGCUCAGGAGUCCCUGGGGUUAGGCAAACUCGGAACUCAAGCUGAGAAGGAUCGAAGACUAAAGAAAAACACAUCUGGGCAUGAACUUCUUGAAGAAGCUCGGAGAAAGGGAUUACCUUUUGCCCAGUGGGAUGGACCGACUGUGGUUGCAUGGCUAGAGCUUUGGUUGGGAAUGCCAGCAUGGUACGUGGCAGCCUGCCGAGCCAACGUGAAGAGUGGUGCCAUCAUGUCUGCUUUAUCUGACACUGAGAUCCAGAGAGAAAUUGGAAUCAGCAAUCCACUGCAUCGCUUAAAACUUCGAUUAGCAAUCCAGGAGAUGGUUUCCCUAACAAGUCCUUCAGCUCCUCCAACAUCUCGAACUCCUUCAGGCAACGUUUGGGUGACUCAUGAAGAAAUGGAAAAUCUUGCAGCUCCAGCAAAAACGAAAGAAUCUGAGGAAGGAAGCUGGGCCCAGUGUCCGGUUUUUCUACAGACCCUGGCUUAUGGAGAUAUGAACCAUGAGUGGAUUGGAAAUGAAUGGCUUCCCAGCUUGGGGUUACCUCAGUACAGAAGUUACUUUAUGGAAUGCUUGGUAGAUGCAAGAAUGUUAGAUCACCUAACAAAAAAAGAUCUCCGUGUCCAUUUAAAAAUGGUGGACAGUUUCCAUCGAACAAGUUUACAAUAUGGAAUUAUGUGCUUAAAGAGGUUGAAUUAUGACAGAAAAGAACUAGAAAGAAGACGGGAAGCAAGCCAACAUGAAAUAAAAGACGUGUUGGUGUGGAGCAACGACCGAGUUAUUCGCUGGAUACAAGCAAUUGGACUUCGAGAAUAUGCAAAUAAUAUACUUGAGAGCGGGGUGCAUGGCUCACUUAUAGCCCUGGAUGAAAACUUUGACUACAGCAGCUUAGCUUUAUUAUUACAGAUUCCAACACAAAACACCCAGGCAAGGCAGAUUCUUGAAAGGGAAUACAAUAACCUCUUGGCCCUGGGAACUGAAAGGCGACUGGAUGAAAGUGAUGACAAGAACUUCAGACGUGGAUCAACCUGGAGAAGGCAGUUUCCUCCUCGUGAAGUACAUGGAAUCAGCAUGAUGCCUGGGUCCUCAGAAACAUUACCAGCUGGAUUUAGGUUAACCACAACCUCUGGGCAGUCAAGAAAAAUGACAACAGAUGUUGCUUCAUCAAGACUGCAGAGGUUAGACAACUCCACUGUUCGCACAUACUCAUGUUGACAAGCCACUCAAAGGAGGCAGCACUGACCUGCUACGGCGUCUUUUCAGUCUACUCUACCUAAAGUGCACUACCAUCUAAGAAGACGAGCAGUGAAAACCUUUGUGAAAACUGAAUUCUAAGGAAAUAAUGAUGUCAUGACUUAUUAAAAGCUGAAAAAUGUGAUUUUUGGGGGGAGUCAGACAUUACAUUUGAUUAGUUUACUACAAUUGUAAUAAAAUGCUUAAGUCAUUUGAAUAAUAAACAUCAUCUACAUCAUAAACUCUGUACAACAGAUGCUUUUAUGAAAUGAAGCCAGUUGUUUUUCAUGUUUUAUUGUAAUAUACUAGGCAUUUAUGUAUUACUGUGCAUUUCUUUUUAAAUGUGUAAGUCUUAUGUAAAUGGAUAUAAAUAUGAUUUUUUAAAAAAUAAAAUAUAUGGUUCACGGAGUCUCGAGUGCAAACAUUUGACAAUUCCAAGUACUGUUUGUAUUUUACCAUUCCACCAUUUUUACAGUUUUUGAAUUGUUAAUAGUCAAAUCAAUACGUUUCCUUGAAGCAUGUCUCAUGCUUCAACGUGUUUCUCCUUCAAGUCAAGUCUGUCAAUACUUAAAGCUGAACAACCUGCCUCUGAUCAUGUAAAAAAGAAUGAUUUAACCUGGAACCGGAGCCAAAAAUAGAGCUUUAAAGGCAAUCAGGGAUGUCCUAUAUCUUUAGAAAUAGCACUGUGAUGGCUCGAUCUCCUUUUCAAUACAAAACAAAGCCAAGCUGUUUACAAGGGUCAAAAGCAAUUAUUUAAAAAUUUAUAUUAAAAAAACAUAAUCUUCUCUUGUUACCUGUGGACCAAGAAAAAAAAAACAAACUUCUUUACUAAGAACCACAUGUUCAUUCAAUUAUCUUGAACUGCCAGCCAGUACUGGACAGUGAAUGUCAACCACCGCAGAGCCUGAGGCUCAUUUCCACUAGAGAAAACAAAACCCAAGAUACCUUUCCCUUUUGUCAAUGUAACAGGGCAUUAGCCAGACUCACGUCCAAUGUUAUAAGCUUUUAGCCGAGAUGGCCUUGUUGCGACUUCCCUGAAGUCAGUUUUAUCAGAGGAAAUAAAUGAAAGACAGAAUGAUUAACAUAUAUAGUGUAUAAAAGUAUAGAAGAGUAAUCUCUUCCCUGUGGCUUUAUUUGGUGGUGUUACUGUUGUUUAUUCUUUGUUUAUAUGGGAGAUUCAAAGUAAAGCCUAUUUAAUAAUACCAUUUAUCUAACUGCUGAUUUUCUGCUGCUUGAUCUUAUUAAGCGCAAGACCUGUCAUUAGUAAUUUCUUUUCUGUAUUUUAAUUUGCUAUGUUUGCACGUACAUUACAUUUGUUUUGAUGUCUAUUUUUAUUUAACAGAUUCAGUCAAAAGGUAAUGAUAACAGAAACCCUUUCCAUUGUCAAUAAAAAAAAAAUAAUUCCA